GAGAGAGAGAGAGAGAGAGAGAGGUGUUUAUAUACAAAAACAACUGUCAGCUUUUCACACUCAACCUACAGAGGAACAGAGACACUCAGAUAUACAGAUAUACAGAUAUACAGAUAGAUAGAUAGAUAGAUAGAUAGAUAGAUAGAUAGAUAGAUAGAUAGAUAGAUAGAUAGAUAGAUAGAUAGAUAGAUAGAUAGAUAGAUAGAUAGAUAGAUCAGUAUAGAUAGAUAGAUAGAUAGAUAGAUAAAUAGAUAGAUAGAUCAGUAUAGAUAGAUAGAUAGAUAGAUAGAUAGAUAGAUAGAUAGAUAGAUAGAUAGAUAGAUAGAUAGAUAGAUCAGUAUAGAUAGAUAGAUAGAUAGAUAAAUAGAUAGAUAGAUCAGUAUAGAUAGAUAGAUAGAUAGAUAGAUAGAUAGAUAGAUAGAUAGAUAGAUAGAUAGAUAGAUCAGUAUAGAUAGAUAGAUAGAUAGAUAAAUAGAUAGAUAGAUCAAUAUAGAUAGAUAGAUAGAUAGAUCAGUAUAGAUAGAUAGAUAGAUCAGUAUGUAUGUAUAGAUAGAUAGAUAGAUAGAUAGAUAGAUAGAUAGAUAGAUAGAUAGAUAGAUAGAUAGAUAGAUAGAUAGAUAGAUAGAUAGAUAGAUAGAUAGAUAGAUAGAUGGAGAUGUGCAGGCUGCUGUGUUUUGCUGUUUUUCUGGCUGUUUUAUUCAGCUCCUCCAGAACAUCUUCAUUAUCAUCAUCAUCAUCAUCAUCAUCAUCAUCAUCAUCAUCAUCUUUAGAGACUCGUAUCCUCAGACCCGGAGAGAACCUCACCCUGCACUGUAACAUCCCCUCCAGCACCCACACGGCCUGGUACCGCCUCCGCCACGCCCACCUCACCCUCAUCCUAUCAGCCAACAUAGGAAACCUCAACAACCAGAUCAUAAUCCAGUUUACUCUAGAUCCCAGUCACUUCCAGACCCUCAGUGUGAACGACUCAGUGAGUCUGAUCAUAGUGAACGUUAGUGAAUCAGAUGCAGGACUGUAUUACUGCGGGGGGAGACUCAGCGGACAGCACAUGCUGUUCGGAGACGCCAUCGACCUGAAUUCAACAGGCGGUGGGGGAGGCGAGGGGGGCGGCGGCCUGUGCUGGAAGCUGCUGGUCUCUGCUGUCCUGGUGACCGUCCUGAUGAUCGGGCUCUGCGUCACCAUCAUCACCUACAGACCGGGAUUCCAGACGUCCUUUUGUAAGAACUGUGUGAAGGAGAACUCCAGUCUGAAGACGGUGGACCUGCACUAUGCCAGUCUCAGGCAUGUGAAUACCCCUCAGAGUGGCACGAUGCCCCCGGACCACAGUGUGACCUACGACGUGGUGGCCAGGAAGACUGCAGCCAAUCACAGAGCUUAA